AUGCAAGCGACAAGCGCAAGUCUCCCAAGUUGUCACCUGCUACCCGAUCAUGGAAGACGAUAUCGACAUCAUCUUUUAAGGGAAGGAAGUUCCAAGACAACGAAAUGCCCAUCACCUCCGAAGGUACUAUCCAUGAAGCUCCUCGCCUAUCAGCUCGACUCUAAGCAGGUGGCCAGGCCUUCCUCACCUUCAUUGAAGACAAGUUACUUUUGA